UGUCUCCAAAAAGAUGCUGAAGAACUGGAAAAAGUCCAAAGAGGACAACAAGCAUGGUUGAAGACUUGGAAUAUAGUCCCAGGAAGGAACUAGGUACGUGGUGAGGUGACAGCUUUGGAACAUGGCAUUCAACAAGAUUUGGUGUACUGUCGCCCUUGGACUUCUGCUGCCUUUUUCCUAUGCCCAUACAGACUUCUUCACUUCCAUUGGUCAUAUGACAGAUUUAAUUAAUACAGAAAAAGAUCUGGUGGUGUCACUGAAAGAUUACAUCAAGGCAGAAGAAAGCAAGUUGGAACAGAUCAAAAAAUGGGCAGAGAAAUUGGAUCAGCUGACAGACACUGCUACGAAAGACCCAGAGGGGUUUUUGGGACACCCUGUGAAUGCAUUCAAAUUGAUGAAACGACUUAACACAGAGUGGGGUGAGCUGGAGAGCCUGGUUCUGAAGGACAUGUCAGAUGGCUUUAUCUCCAACAUGACUAUCCAGCGGCAGUUUUUCCCAAACGAUGAAGAUCAGACUGGUGCAGCAAAAGCCCUCUUGCGGCUUCAAGACACUUAUAAUUUGGACACGGACACCCUCUCAAGAGGGAAUCUUCCAGGUGUGAAGCACAAAUCCUUUUUAACAGCUGAAGAUUGCUUUGAGCUGGGAAAAAUUGCCUACACUGAAGCUGACUAUUACCACACUGAGCUCUGGAUGGAACAAGCUCUGAAACAGUUGGAUGAGGGAGAAGUGUCUUCUGCAGAUAAAGUCUACAUCCUGGACUACCUGAGUUACGCUGUGUAUCAGCAGGGGGAUCUGAGCAAAGCCAUGAUGCUCACCAAACGCCUUCUGGAACUGGAUCCGGAACAUCAAAGAGCAAACGGGAACAUGAAAUAUUUUGAAUAUAUCAUGGCUAAAGAAAAAGAGGCAAAUAAGUCCAGUACGGGUUCAGAAGACCAGGUGGAGAAGGAAACUGAGGUUAAGAAAAAGGAUUACCUGCCCGAGAGAAGGAAGUACGAAAUGCUGUGCCGUGGGGAGGGUCUCAAAAUGACUCCUCGGAGACAAAAAAGACUCUUCUGCCGCUAUUACGACGGAAACAGGAAUCCUCGAUACAUUCUGGGCCCCGUCAAACAGGAAGAUGAGUGGGACAAACCUCGAAUUGUUCGCUUCCUCGACAUCAUCUCCGAUGAAGAGAUCGAAACUGUGAAAGAACUGGCAAAGCCGAGGCUGAGCCGUGCUACUGUUCAUGACCCUGAGACUGGGAAACUGACCACAGCACAUUACAGAGUCUCUAAGAGCAGCACAAGAGCCUACUUACUCAUCGGGGCACGUGCAGGCAGCGGGAGUCCUUUGGAAAUUGUCUGCGCGUGGUUGUCUGGAUACGAAAGCCCCGUGGUGUCUCGCAUUAACACGAGGAUACAGGACCUGACAGGACUUGAUGUCUCCACAGCAGAGGAGCUGCAGGUAGCCAACUACGGAGUAGGAGGCCAGUAUGAGCCUCAUUUUGAUUUUGGAAGGAAAGAUGAGCCAGAUGCUUUUAAGGAAUUGGGAACAGGCAACAGAAUUGCUACUUGGUUGUUUUAUAUGAGCGAUGUGUCAGCAGGGGGCGCUACUGUCUUUCCUGAAGUAGGAGCUAGUGUUUGGCCUAAAAAGGGAACAGCUGUGUUCUGGUACAACCUCUUCCCCAGUGGAGAAGGCGAUUACAGCACGCGGCACGCGGCCUGCCCAGUACUAGUGGGAAACAAAUGGGUAUCCAAUAAAUGGCUCCACGAGCGGGGACAGGAAUUCCGAAGGCCGUGCACUUUAUCAGAGUUGGAAUGAUGCAGACGACUCCUUUGUCUCUCUGUAUUCAGUUUGUGUAAAAUGCACACAUCUCCUACAGUUUACAAUUGACUAACACUCCACUACAGGUUCAGUCUUCAACUACACCGGUGUUUCAUCUGUGGACAAAACAAACAUGCUUUUAGUUCCCUCUAAAAUAUCCCCUUACGGUUUUAUGAACAGAAUAUAUUGAUUUUUAAGGUGUUACAGGAAAAAAAAAAAAAAAAGGACAACAUACAAAUCAGGGCCACAACGAUGAUUGUGUGUGGUGUUCCCUUCACCGUCGCCCCUUGGAUCAGCACGGACAGCCAGGGAUUGUUCUCCUCACAACUGUUGGUCUGCAAAGGGCGGGAUGAUUUAAUGGGAGGGCUCCCUUCUAAGGAAGGCUGAAUUAAACCAGUUCAUCCUCAA